AUGGGUUCUGUUAGGGUUUUGGAGGAAGAAGGUUCUCCUGAUGAUGACCCUUCCCUACAGAGUACGAAAAAGGUGAAAACUAAAGAGUGUGUGUGUAUGGAGGGCGUGGUUUCGGAGGGAGGAAUGAAGGAUGAUGAUACAAACGUUGUUCUCAGUAAUCAGUCCAAAUCCUACAAGGAGAGCCUUCUUACCUCUGAUGGAGGGAAGAUAUUUACUGAUUUCAAUAGCCUGAUUAAAGAGAUGGAGAACCCUGAAGAUGCGGUCUACCAUGAGAAGGAGGUUGUUAGAGAUGAAUCAGAGUUGGAUCCUUGUCCCAAGAUCUAUGUUACUCAAGAAGAAUUUGAAGAAUGGUGUGCACCUUGGAAAAAUUCUCUUGUCAUUCAAGUUUUGGGGAAGAGGGUUGCGUUCCGAAUGCUAGAUAAUAAAGUGCAACGCGAAUGGGCUAGAACUGGAGUGGUCAGGUUGAUUGAUAUGUCCGAGGAUCAUUAUUUGGUGCAAUUCACUUCUGAAGAGGACUACAAACAUGCCUUAUUUGAAGGCUCGUGGCUAAUAGAGGAUCACUACAUCGUGGUGCAAAUAUGGAAGCCUUUCUUCAUGGUUACAGCUAAACAAACACGUAAGAUAGCUACAUGGAUUCGACUACCCAAGCUACCCAUUGAGUUAUUCAAUGACAGGUUCCUCUGGAGGGUGGGUAAUAAACUUGGUACAAUGCUGAAGAUUGACAAAUUGACGUCGAUACAAUCACGUGGGAAGUUUGCAAGAAUUUGUGUACAGAUUGACCUAUAG